AUGGCGGUCCUAGGAAUAGUUCUAGGUAUCCUAGCGAUUACGGCUGGGAGUUUGUCAGCGGAUCUAUCUCUGCGCGCUGAUGACAUAGAGCUCACUUUGGAGCCCCAGUUGACCGGUGGUUUUCAGGUCGUCUUAAACACAGGAGACGAACGAAGGGUCUUUGGACACAUCGGUCGGACUUUGUACUCAGUAUUCGCGUCAGAGGAUGUAGAAGGUGGUAUCCUCGUCCAUAUGGGAAACACAAAUUUGACCAUCCAUACCGUGUUCGACGAGACAGCAAACGCUAGAGGAAUUAAGAUUAAGUGGGACACGCAGGAUUUAAUUCGUUUUGAAGACUGCUUCGAUUUCGGUUCAAAUCAAUGGUACGGUGGUCCGAUGCAAAUAAACCAAGUGUACCCAAUACAAAACGCUCGCCUAAAUUACACCGCCUACGUCUCCAAAGAACAAGAUAACGGAGCAAUUGUCGAAAGAUACUGGCUUAACUCUGCUGGAGAGUACAUUUACGUCCAUCCUCAAGUACCAUUAUUUGUAGACUACGGUUUAAUUCAACCCAAUCAUAUCUGCUUCGGUGCACAAAUAGCAGCUCCAUAUUCCAGCAGAAGAAAUCACACAGAACUAUCUUACGAUAUAUGGUUCCUACCUGAUGUGAAGCAAGCUCACCAACACGCUGUCGCUAAUUACUUGGGCAAACCAAGCGGACUCCCUGACUUCAGAAUGGUUGAACAUCCAAUCUGGUCAACGUGGGCUCAAUAUUCGAUGAAUAUUACUGAAGAAAGAGUUCUGGACUUCGCGAGACAGAUCAGAGCGAACGGUUUCAAUGAUUCGCAGCUUGAGAUUGAUGAUCUUUGGGAAACCUGUUACGGUUCCUUGGAAGUCGAUACAAAUAAGUUUCCUAAUUUUACCAACUUGGUGCAAGAGGUCAAAGCUUUAGGGUACCGCGUAACGAUAUGGAUACAUCCCUUUAUAAAUAGUAAUUGUGAACCUUGGUAUUCAGAGGCUCUUAACAAUAGUUACCUCGUGCUGGAUGAAGCUGGCACACCGGCUGCGAACUGGUGGAACCCUAACGGUUCGAUACCCGGUCUGGUUGAUUUCACCAACCCGCAAGCAGCGGAGUGGUGGUACAGUCGAGUCAGGAAUCUCAUUGACACUUAUGACAUCGAUAGUAUCAAGUUCGAUGCUGGUGAGAGCAGUUAUUCGCCACAGAUCCCAGUACAACAAGGGGACAUCGACUUACACCCACACAACAUCGUCGACGCGUACGUGCGGACUUGUGCGAGAUUUGGAGAUAUGAUUGAAGUUCGUGCUGGAUUUAGAACUCAAGACCUUCCGAUCUUUGUCCGAAUGGUGGACCGAGAUUCCAUCUGGGGCUUGAACAACGGCCUCUCAACGAUCGUCACCACCACCAUACAGAUGAACCUGAACGGCUACACCCUAGUGCUGCCUGACAUGAUCGGAGGAAACGGAUACAAUCUCAACCAUCCUCAAGCUGACCUUCCGACUAAGGAGUUGUUCAUACGAUGGGUGCAAGCGAACACAUUCUUACCCGUCAUGCAGUACUCUUUCGCGCCUUGGAACUUUGAUAAUGAGACGAUAACAAUAAGCAAGAAGUACACGGACCUGCACGCCGCGUACGCGCAGGAGAUCUACUCGGCGAUGCGCGCGUCCGUGGAGCGCGGCGCGCCGGUCACCGCGCCGCUGUGGUGGCUCGACCCGCGCGACGCGGACGCGCUCCAGAUAUGGGACGAAUACCUCUUGGGUGAGAACAUCUUAGUUGCUCCAGUAUUAACCGAAGGGGCGACUUCUAGAGACAUCUACCUGCCAGUAGGCACUUGGUUUGAAGAGGGAGACCCUGAAAGGGUUCACGAAGGGCCAGUCUGGAUCCGCAAUUAUUCAGCACCUAUCGACAUCCUACCGUAUUUUGUGAGGGAAGCGCCAACUGAACCUAACACCGCCAAUACUCCAUUCGUGUCUACUCUCCUGGUACUUUUAGGACUAGUGAUGAAUAUUUUGAAUAAAUAUUAAGAUGUUAAUUAAGUUGUAAAUAAAAUAAAAUAUUGAAUUAAUUAA